GGUUUUACUUUUUUCUAGACUGUAUACGCAUUGCAUAUAAACCAUUUGGCCAAAACCCCAUCACUGAAGUGCGAGUGAGUAACACAACAACUUCAUUUCUGUAAUCUCCCACUUUCAAAAUCAAUUUUAAUUCGGUUUUGGGUUUAUUUCAUAUUAUAUUUUGGUCGGUUACAUGGUAAAUGGAUACUUUAGAUGCAAAUCAGCUUCCUGAAGUGGACUCAUUGCCGGAUGGGUUUGUUGAUGGUUCCAGUGAACCUAUGACUCCUCGAACGCCUACUUUUGAACAAGAGAAACCUUCUAAUAAGUGCAACAAAGGUGAUGUUUCAGACAUUGAUAGUUCACAUGAAAGAGUGCGAGAAAAUGAGUGUCGAACAAGCCGGGAUGGCAUUGAGAAUUUGGAAGACAUGAAGAUGUUUCCUAUUCAAUCGGCAGAAGUUGAUGGCUUUGAUACUUCAGUGCCAUUAGCAGAUAAGGUUUCCGUAGAGCAGGCUGAAGGUACAGCAGGCGUGCUUGAUUCAUCUAAUUUAGUUUCCGAGGCUUCUGUUGAGUUGGAGUGCAGUGAUGUAAAAGAACAAGUUCCAGGGAAUUGUCAAAGUUCAGAGAAAUCCAUUCAAGGAAGUUCAGCCACUCAAAUGAACGCAAAGGAAAUAUCUUCAUCUGAAAGCAUUGAGUCGCAGAAAAGCAGAAAACAAUUUCAGGAAACAACUGAAGCCAAACGUAAGACUGCAAAACAGACUCUUAAAUCAGAAAAAGAAAUUUUGGAGUUUACUAUGAAGUAUCAACAAGCUCUGGUUGAGCGAGAUGGUGCGAUUUCUAUUCGUGUGAAGCUCGAGUCACUCUGCAGAGAGUUACAGCGCCAGAAUAAAAUGCUAAUGGAAGAAUGCAAAAGGAUGUCAACAGAGGGGCAGAAUUUGAGAUUAGAUUUGUCUACCAAGUUCCAAUAUGCAAUCAAGGAUGUGAGCGUCAGAUUGGAGGUACAAAAGGAAGAGUGUUUUUCUCAGUUAAAGGAAAAUGAAAUGUUGAGAGGUAAGCUGAAGCAACUAGCUGAUCAGUAUGCUCUUUCCGAACAGCAAUAUGCGCAGAAGUUAAAGGCGAAAACACUAGAACUCGAGCUUGCUAAUUUAAAGAUCAAGCAACAUGAAGAGAGAUCGGUCCAGGGGCAGUCUCAGAUGAAAAUAUACGCUGAACAGGUGUCAGAAUUAUUAGGAACCGAAAAAAAAUUGCGUUUGCAAUUGACAGCUGAUGGAGAAAAAUUCCAACAGUUCCAGGAUGCAUUAUUAAAGAGCAAUGAGGUGUUUGAAACAUUUAAGCAAGAGAUUGAGAAGAUGGCAAAAUCAAUAAAGGAACUCAAGAAGGAAAAUACAUUCUUGAAGAGCAAGACAGAGAAAUCAGAUAUUACUCUUAUCGAACUUGUUGAGGAGCGUGAGAGAUUGAAGAAGCAACUCGAGAAAACAAAGAAUCAAAAAGAAAAGCUAGAGUCGUUGUGCCGGUCUCUUCAGGCAGAAAGGAAGCAGAAUUCAAAUGGAAGCAGCACCAUUGAUACAGUUUCAAAUGAUCACUAAUAUUAUUUACUAUUUUAUGAAGAGAGUUGAAUGAGAUGAGACCAAAUGCAACUAUGAUCUAAGCUUGUAAUUUUAAUGGCUUUUAAAGGGAAAUUAUCUGCCCUUUUGUUUUUAUGAACUUCUGGAAUCA